GCGCCAAAACGAGAAAGGCGAAAGAGCAGGUGGAGAACGGUGGUUUUUGAGUAUAGGUUUUGAAUUUGUUUAAACUGUUCAGUUUUGAACGUUGUCUUGGUUUAUAAUUCUUGCGAGUGGUGCAGGUAUGGAGAGAGAAAAUACGCAAAUGGACAGCCACGCACAGACCAGCUCUUUUUCUUCCUCUCCCUGUGCUGAUUCUUCAGAAUCACCAAUCUGCCAUAAUCCCAACUCUGCUCCACGCUAUGGUACUGUGAUUCCCAAUCGCAUCUUUGUUGGUGGCUUUGACUUAAAAACCACUGAACAGGAUUUAUACGGAAUUUUCUCUGAGCAUGGAGUUGUUAAAGAAGUGAAAAUCGUGAACGACAGGGCUGGAAUCCCUAAAGGGUAUGGGUUUGUAACAUUUGAGACAAACGAAGAUGCCCAGCGAAUUCUUACAGAUAUUGAUGAGCUUCAUUUUAGGGGCAGAAAACUGAAUAUUGCCCAGGCCAUACGUAAGCAACAAGUGGGAAUUCAGUGCUGUUGUCCUGAUGACAAUGUUUCUUUCUUAGGUUCAAAUGAAAGUUUAGUUCCUUCUGGCUCAAGCACCAUGUACAUGACCACCUCAAAUGGAUAUCCCUACACUUACCACAAUGGAAUGGCCUACUUUCCCACCCCUGAAACAGCCACAGUAACUCAUAUCUGGCCUGUUCCUGUGCCCACACUACCUAUAUAUUACUUUCAGACUUCAGAUACUGCCUACCAGUCUAUGGAAAGAGCACAAGAUUGUGCCCCUGCAGCCUCUGCUGUGCCAGGGUUAGAUACCAUUGGACCUGAGGACUCAUUUGACGUGGCAGUGGCAGAUUUCGCGGAGCUGCGGACGGACAACCCAAUUCCUGGACGUUCUCCCCACGUCCCGUUGUGCUGCCAGCGGAUUCAUGAGAGACCGGGGCCGUUAGCCGUAAUGGGGUGCGGACUCAGGAAACUGGAGGACCCGGACGACAGCAGCCCAGGGAAGAUCUACUCCACUCUGAAAAGAGCGCAAGUUGAGACUAAAAGCGACGCCGUCUACGAGUAUACCCUGCUGGACUUCUCUCUGGAGGGUUCAACAAACCCUGAAAUAAUUCGAAUCAGUUCUCUGCGAGAUAUAACGUGUGAGCUUGAGCAGCAUUACAGGAAGGGGUUUGUACUUGCUACUCUUCAUCCAGUCGUCCUGUCUGUAGGUCGAAAGCGACAGCUUCCGCUCAGUCUUCUGUAUCGGGCUGUACUGUCACGGCGCAGACCCAGCUCAAAAUAUGCUGCCUCUGCAGGUCCAGGUACUCCACGAUUGCUGAUAGAGGAAUGGCCACUUCCUGGUGAGACCCUUACAAGUGAAGUGGUCAGUUGUCUUCUUGACAAGGUCAAUAUAUGUGGCCAGCGUGGAAUGAGGUUCCUUGGCUUUGUGCCGCAGCAAAGCAAGGGUACAUCACAGACAUGCAAUGGAGGUGUACCAAGCCCUAAGCCAAGUAGUCGUGGGUCACCAAAUGGUCAGUCUUCUGAGAGUGGUAUUGAGGAUGACCCUCUGCAGGAGAAUGGUGCCAUUCUGGAGGGAGGUUUAAGCGGACGCACAUUAAACAGGACUGAUGAUACAAGACUCUUUGCUCUUUUCCACAUUUGGGACACUGGCUACCCUGCCUGGACAGCUCCUGAUGAAGACCACCCUCGUUGGACCUACCAUCAAGGGGCACUCUCUAUGAAGGUCACAAGGAAGGGGCAGAUGAUCAGUGGAUUGGAAGCAGAUUGGCUGGAGCUCACUACAUCAUACUACAAGAAAGGCUGGUCCUUAAUUGACUCAUUUGUGUACUGGGAAACCAGGAAGGGGGAGCCGGUACCUCGCUCUCUAGAGGGUCUGUUUGUGUAUGAAGAAGGCCGAGGCUGUAAUGAGCCAACUCAGGGCAAUGACACCAUUGUAGUGGAGCAGUGGACUGUCAUUGAGGGUUCCGAGGUGAAGACGGAUUACGGCCCAUUGAUACACACCCUGGCAGAGUUUGGUUGGUUGCUCACAUCUGUGCUUCCCACGCCCAUCAUCCGGCAUGACAGUGAUGGAAACCUGUGCACCAAACAGGUGGUGUUUUUGCAGAGGCCAGUGGGAGGCAGCUCUUCUGAGCCCAGGCCAUUGAGGCAAGAGAAACUUGCAAGUCAGUCUCCACACCCUGAAGUUAGCCCACAUACGGUGAGCCGAGGCGUGGGUGGAGCCAGUCGAGAUGUCUUUGGUGCAGGUGACGGGGACUUCUCCAGCUUUGGUGGUUAUCCUAACAUGCUGAAGGACUUGGAAGAAGUAGGCUAUGAGCAGGAAGAAGGAGCCUCUGAGGUCACCUGUAUGUGAGCUCUUUCACAACUGCAAAGGAAAUAUCACACAAUGGGAGCGAAGGACCAAAACUGGAAAUUUGUUUAUUUACAACGAUGGGCACACUGGACACUUACAGUAACUUUGCCAUCCCGAAACUCCUCUUAGUAUGCGAUGGAUCUGGAGAAGCAGGCACCUGCUGUUUACGCUCGGUGCCUUCAAGUAUCUGCAGUUGUCCUCCUCCUCCACCUCUUGCCUCUUUAAAGGACGUUUCUGUUUUUCUCAUAACUUUCACAAGUUGGCUUUGUUUAUAACGACACCAGCACUCUGAUUCCUGUCAUUCUUGAAAAUCUCAAGUCUUCCUCGAUCUGAAGCACUGGGCACCUACAUAGAUUUGUAGUGUGUGUGUUGUGUAUGUGGGUACUUGACGAGGGUGGCCAGGUCAGUGCUUUAGGACACAGCUCUGAAAUGUUGAUUGCAACAUGGAGUCCUGUACCUGCCAGCUGGCUCCUCAAAGUGGGGUCCAUGGAGAAAACAUGGGUCGUGAUGACUGGAGCAUAUGGAGUGUGCUGCCUGAACACUUUAGUUCAAAUUGAAAAUUUGAGUGUCUUUGAGUUGGGUUUUUUUAUAUUAACCACAAAUCCAUUUCUGAAUCCAUUCAUGGCCUCCACAUAAUGUAGUUUGGGGUCUUGGGGACCUGGAAGUGGUGGGCACAAGGCAGGAACCAUCACUUGACAGUGUCAGCCCUUCACAGGGCAUAAUUACUGUAAAUAAAGAACUAAAUCCGAUCUUGUCAAGCAAAAUGUACAAAGUAACGCCUGGCAGCCAACCUGACAGCACUCCUGGAUCUUCAAAGAGCCGGGCAAUCUGUGACUUUCCUCUUUGUUCAAGAUGGAGUCCCGCAUAUUAUAAAUGGCCAUGAAGCUUUUCCUCAAUUGAAAGUUAUAAACGCGACACACACAGUGGGGCUUUUUAUUCACGCUUGGUGAAGUCAGAGGCCGUCAGUCUGCUUGGCCAUCCUCUGUUUUUGCCUUCAUAGUUUGGGGGUGAAGCGGUGGUCUUAUGAUUGCUACGUUUGGUAUAACUGUCAUUGUUCCAGUUGUUCAGUUCAGUCUGCUCUUACAGUCCACACUAACAGGGCUACAACUGAAAAUAUAUCGAGAAACUGUCACGUGACUAGAUGCUGACUACAGUCUCCUCUUUAUUGUGGAUAUCUUCAUUAAAGCAGGCCAGGAUUUAACGGUAUGUAUUUUGGCAGGACCCCCAGUCUGUGUUUGUGUUCGUUUGUAACCUUGAAAAGCUCUUGGAUUUCAUUUUCUGUUUUUACCUCAUUCUUUAGGCAUUUUGAUUUAGCUCGGGUUUGCUCUGAGAGUUAACGUCGUUCUUGGUUGACAGACCACAUAGCCCCCCAUAGAAAAGAUUUAUGCAUUUUUCGUGGACAACACAGGUUGAGAAAUCCAUCUGAAAACACCAGUGUGCAGGAAAAACGGCAUUUUCAAAUGUAUCUGUGUUCGUGUGGACGAAGCUUAAGUUGGGAGGCUCGGGCUUGAUGUCGAUAAUUUAGAUGACACUCGCGUUCUUGGCUAAUAUUAUGUGCUUUUUAAAUGUAUUUUAUUUUUUUUCUUUGUUUGAUUUGUUGUUUUGUUACAGAGAAUCUUGGGCACCGUUAGUGUUGGUAUUGGAUUGCCCUGUGACUUCUGACCACCACCACUGACGUGCUUGUUAAGGGUGACUUGCUCAGAUGGAAAGACGUAGGCCGCACAGUGACGAAGGGCCGGCUUUCUGAAAAUGUGUAGAAUUUCAAAAGGUAGUAUCUGAGAAAAUGAAACACAGUGCAGCCACUUUUCUGAAGCUCUCACUCAUAUCUUAGGCAGUGCCAGAGGGAGCUGGGGGGGCCAGCAUGAGGAUUCAGGGCAGUGUGGGUGCCAGGUCAGGAUAUUAGAAUCGGGACAGAACCGCUUUUAAUGCAGAAUACCUCCAUGUGCCCACUCGCUGUUAAUGACUGAAGGUCCAUUGGCAGAGUGUUGAGAGCCACUUGUAUGAUAACCCCUUGGUUUGGGUUUCAAAUCCUCCAGCAUUAGGGCUGUGAAAUUGUACAAACACUAGAGUCUGAAUAGUUAAAAUACGUAAAUAAUAAUGCAAUUAUGUUAAAAAUUCUAAGUGCUACUCCAUGUACAUUUAAUGUGCCUUUGUGCUUCAUUGUUGUUCUUUUUUUUUUUUGCUGGUGGUGCUUCUAUAAAAAGUGCAGCGCUUAUGACUUGUGAUGGGAAGUGACACGAGCAGAGCCUGUAGUUAGAAAGCCAAAGAAAACCACUCGGGAUUACGUAAACACGUUAAACGCAGGGCCUCCUCCAGCCCUGUGCUCCGCUGUGCCCCUUUCUGUUCCUUGGCUUCUAAAGAUGUGAAUUGUGUGCCCAUUUGUAUUUUCAAUUAGUCGAGUUGAAUCAAUUUGUGUUUCACAAAAGAAGAUGCUGAAUGUAUAAAAUGUUGCAUUGUAACAAUCUAAACCACAUUAUGGUUUUUAUUUGGCAAACAGCAACUUGAAAAUUCAGCUAAAUUUUUUUUUUUUUUUAAAGUACACAGCAAAACUUUAAAAUAAAUCACAAGAAGUGAAAGUUAUAUUUUAACAAUGAAAAAAGCUUGUGGAAGGUACAGUAGAUCAAGUGUGUGGAGCAGCCUGAUUGGAUAUGUUUGUAGAUAGGGGCAUCAGUGGGCAAAGAAUAACAUACACGAGUAAAUGCGAUUAUUUUCAUAUUUUAUAUAUUCAUAUUUUCAUGCAGUCAAAGUAUAAACACAUGUAACCUUAACACUUAAUUCCUGAAACAAAGUAAAAAUGAAAAAUAUGAGUCAAACCAGCAGCCUCUAAGAGUCGCAUGUUGGCUGAGGUCAGUUUUCCCAAUACUGAAAAUCCUCUUUAAAAUGGCAAUGUUAAAGCUGUUAUAAUAAUAAAACAAAAGGAAAACCAGAAAUAUGGCAGUUAUUUCCCAUUAUAUUUAAUGAGAAAGGAAGCCAUCUUUUGUUUGCUGCACUGAAUGCUUAGGGCAGCACGGUGGCACAGUGGGUAGCACUGCUGCCUCGCAGUUAAGACCACCAGACUUUGCUUCCCCGUGUCUGCGUGGGUUUCCAGGUCAGGUGCCCUGGUGUGUGCUGGGUAUGUGUGUGAGCACUGCGGUGUGCUGGCGCCCUACCUGGGAUUUGUUCCUGCCUUGUGCCCUGUGCUGGCUGGGAUUGGCCCCAGCAGACCCUCGUGACCCUAUGUUAGGAUAUAGCAGGUUGGACAAUGACUGACUGCUGACUGACUGCUUAACAGUUUUAACAUAAAUUGGGGAUCUCAGAUUCAAGAGCAGGAUCAGGAGCAAAACAACACUGCAGUGGUGCUUCAAAUCACUUGUUAGCACUCCCAUUAACGAAAGAGGCAGAGCAAUACAAAAACCUGGCCAUUUUAGGAAUGCCAAUAUAAACUAACAAAUAAAAAUGGUAAAACCCUGAUUGUGGAAAUGAUAAGCAAAUCACAUCAAAAAUACCAAAGUAUUGCAGCUGGAGCAGCAAAACCGAGUGUCCGAUUUGCCUUUGAUGAGGAAUUUCUUCAUAAGAUUUGAAUGAGGUUCUCUACGUGAUAUCCAUUCUGACCGCCCCGUGUGUCUUUGGAUGUCCAGUUUCUUAUCACCGUUGACUUUUGCCCAGCAGGAUCUUCACUUCUGUCCCAACCAGUGAUCCUAAUUUUUAGUUGUCCAAUGCGGUUUGUGGGCCGUGCUCUGGGUGACCAAGUGCUGCAGCUCCUUCCACUGUUUGCAGCCUUCCUUUACAAAUGGCUGCCACUCCUACUGAGGUGACGGUGCACUUGCAGUGGGGACCCUCUUUUCCCACAAGUGGUGCCAUAUUUAGAGAGCACUCUGAGAUACGUACCUCUUGGUGAAGUGCACCCAGUUUAGACUGAAAUGCCAGAAGAACUCAAGCCCACAAGGCCAGUUUAGAGACUUGUGAGGAAGGUAUUGGACUGUGGGAGGUCCUCAUAUGAAGAGGUGCAGAACACAGGCGGCCAGCCCUGGACUUGAUCCCAGAUGCCGCUGUGGCUGCUCUGUUGGCUCUUGUGCUGCUGGCAUGUGGAAGAGUCAAACUGAAAGAUGGAGUUGGCUGAAUUGGUUUGCCACUCCUUAUUAAGUUGUGGUGCCUGCACGCCAUUUGACAAAAUAAAAAACGGAUACAGGCAACAUUUAAACAUCCCAUCCCAGUACAUCUCAAAUAUAAAGUGUGCCAGGUGUUGGCAGAUUUCCAUGAGCCGUAGAAUACGUGAUAUCUGGGAAGUGGGUGUGUAUUCAUUGACGGUCAGUGAAGAAAGUAGAACUAUGGUGGCCUCUGGUACACUUGGCAGCCUUAGCUUCAGUGCUAUUUCCUCCCCCUGGACUGUGGCAUUGCCCUCCAGUGUGACCCCCCACUCAGAUUGUAUGUCCAACUGAGGCUCCUACUUACAGAAUUUUUUUUUUUAUUUUAUUUAGGUUGCUUAUUCGUUUUAGGUUGCAUCUUUCCAGGAUGCGACGUUGAUGUCACUGAUCAGUAGAACAUUCACUCACAUGCUCCACCACCACUCUUGGUGUUUAUCGUCUGUUAAUUCUUGCAGACACAUCUCCACUCCCCUUCCUCAUAUGGCCGCUCCUUGUGUGAAUGUUGUCGCUGUGUUGGCUCCACAGACCUUUUCUAAAUGGAGGCCCAGGCUGCUGAACACGACACCUGCAGAUGUCAAGCUGCCCGGCUUUCUUGGUUUGUUCGAAGGCUCAAACCUCAGCUGUUAAUUUUGUAAAUAGACGUUUUACUCCAAAAUGCUUCCUUAUUUGACAAGCAUUUAGAUUUAAUAUAACGGCUGGCGCCUCGCAGCGCAAAAAUCUUUGAAGGUACAAAAGCGUUUGAGUGUCGUGUGAGUUGUGCAGGCCGGCCAGUGCCGACUUGCACAAACCACAGCUUCAGGGUGUUUUAUCUCACCAUAACCUUUUGUCUUUUUACAGUAUUGUUUUUCUGUUAACCCAGUUUUUAUUUCAUACUUUACAUGUUUGUUAAUAAAACGGUCUAAUACAGCACACGCCA